AUGACAGUGCUGGGUUCGUAUGCGCGUAUCAACCCAUACGACGUCAGUCAUGUAUCGUUUAUAGUCACAGACUUGUUAAUACCAUCAGUAACCUUCACCACCAUCAUCGCCUGCACCACCAUCACUGGAAUACAACUACAACAAAUUGGAAAAACGAGGAAAUCCAUGACGUCAGACAAGAACAUCUCCAACAAAGAGAAAAAAGUCGCCGUGAUGCUGGUGGUUGUGUCCGUCAUCUUCAUCGCCUGUCUGGCGCCGACGUCGGCGACCUUGUCGACGGUUGGGUUCGUACCCGGGAUGUCGGUGUACGGGGAGUAUUUUGACGUGGCGCUCUUGUUGUACGAGAUGUCGUUUUUAACUGAAACGUUGAGCUCUAGCGUCAACGUGCUGGUGUAUUACAGGAUGAGCAGUAAAUACAAGUCUACACUCAAAUCUAUGUUUUAA